AUGAAAGGGGAUGAACGUGAAUGGGCUGCUUUCCUUAACGCCCGUCGUGGUUUAUUUGUUUCUGGUGUUUCUGGAAUUUUCACAACUUCAGCUGAAGAUAAGGCUCUUAAAAUCGAUUUUGAAGCGGCAGCAAGAAUGCAUCCUACCCACUUACCACUCGGUUUUGACGUAGAAACACUCAAACAAGAACGCAAUCGCCUUCAACGCGCCAAAGCUGACCAAGCCAUCCAUAAUCUUCUGCAAAAAUAUGCCGAGCGUAACCGUAUCAAUCUAUCAGACCUUAUGCAAAAUCCAAAAGCUUAUCUCUCCCAACAAAAUACAUCUGAUGCUUUUAAUACUCUUCUAAAGAUAAGAAAGAUAGGACUCUUACAAGAACAAAAGGUUCUUAGACGUAAUGUUUAUCGUGGUAUCAAAGAAAUCUUAUCUCCCCACUUACUUUCAGCCGCUAAUACUUCUACUGCCCAUCUAGAAGAGAAUCUUUAUGACUUACGCGCCUUAUCUGAACUAGAAACCAGGCACUUAGCAGCAGGUGAGGCUAAGAAGGUCGCUUGGUGGCUGGGAACGAUGAAGCUAGUCAGACAAGCAGCACUAAGGAUGGCCCAAAUGCAAAAGGAUCAAACGGCUAAUCAGCAACGUAUCUUUAUUGCCGUUAAUGCCAUUCAUGAUAAGCACAAGAAAGAGGAGGAGAAGGCUAAGAAGAAGGCAGAGAGGGCUAGAAUUCAAGCACUUAAAUCAAAUGACGAACAGGAGUACUUAAAGCUAAUUAGACAGGAGAAGAAUACACGACUAACGCACAUACUGCAGAAGACUGAUGAGUAUAUUGCCCUACUUAAGGCUAGAAUUCGUUUACAACAAGGAAGUCUAGUUGGAAGUAGUAGUUUAUCUAAUCAAAAUCAAAAUCAAAAUCAAAAUAUUAGUAGUUUAUCUAAUCAAAAUCAAAAUCAAAAUCAAAAUAUUAGUAGUUUAUCUAAUCAAAAUCAAAAUCAAAAUCAAAAUUUAUCUAACCCAAAUCAAAAUCAAAAUCAAAAUCAAAAUUUAUCUAAUAAUGAAGCUUUGCCUUCCCAUGAAACAACUGAUUACUUUGAUGCCGCUCAUAGUGCUAAGGAACAGAUCAAGGAACAACCUAGAUCAGUGGCUUAUGGCCAAUUACGUGAGUAUCAAUUAAAAGGUGUUGAAUGGAUGGUUUCUCUUUAUAAUAAUAGUUUAAACGGUAUUUUGGCUGAUGAGAUGGGCUUGGGGAAGACAGUACAAGCGAUUGUUUUUAUUUGCUAUCUUUUGGAGAAGAAACAGGUAAAUCUACCUUUUUUGGUGGUUGUACCCUUAUCUACCUUUUCUAAUUGGUCUUCAGAAUUUGCCCGUUGGGCUCCUGGUAUUAAAGUCCUGGCUUAUAAAGGUGAUCCUAGUCAACGUCGUGAUCUUAAGAAAGAAACACUCACUUCUCAUUUUAACGUACUUUUAACAACUUUUGAGUAUGUAAUUCGAGAUAGAGCUUUCUUAUCUAAGAUAUCUUGGUUGUAUACUAUUGUAGAUGAAGGACACCGGAUGAAAAAUGCUGGAUCUAAGUUAUGUACUGUUAUGAAUACUUACUAUAAGUCUAAGUUUAGGUUACUUUUGACCGGUACACCCUUACAGAACAGCUUACCUGAACUUUGGUCUUUACUUAACUUUGUACUUCCAAAGAUCUUCUGUGCUGGUGGUUCUUUUGAUGAGUGGUUUAGUGCUCCAGUAGCCCAUGCGGGUGAGAAGAUUGACUUGAAUGAAGAAGAGGAGUUACUUAUUAUUAAGCGGUUGCAUAAAGUACUUAGACCUUUCUUACUGCGGCGGUUGAAGAAAGACGUUGAAGCCGGUCUACCAGAAAAGGUAGAGACUGUUAUCAAGUGUCGUAUGUCCGGCUUACAGAGAUCUCUUUAUAAUGAAGUCCGAUCAGCUGCUGCUAAUAAGCAAGAAGGCACUAAGCGUUUAAACAAUACUAUUAUGCAAUUACGUAAGAUCUGUAAUCAUCCUUUUGUCUUUAGUACGGUAGAAGAAGCAGUUAAUCCGGCUAAGGUUAACAAUGAAAUGCUUUAUCGAGUUUCAGGGAAGUUUGAACUUGUCCGACGGAUGUUGCAUAAGCUUUGUGCUACUGGCCAUAAGGUUUUGGUCUUCUUCCAAAUGACGCAAGUUAUGACUAUUAUGGAAGAUAUGUUAGUAAUGGAGGGAGUUAAGUACUUAAGACUGGAUGGAGCUGUUAAGGCUGAAGAAAGAGCAGAAUUAAUUGCUCAAUUUAGUGAUACAACAGCUCAGCAUUCGGUCUUUUUAUUGAGUACACGAGCGGGUGGAUUGGGUUUGAAUUUACAAGCAGCUGAUACAGUGAUAAUUUUUGAUUCUGAUUGGAAUCCACAUGCUGAUCAGCAGGCACAAGAUCGGGCCCAUCGGAUUGGUCAGACUCAGGAAGUAAGGAUUUUCCGGUUAGUAACGGCCGAUUCGAUUGAGGAGUAUAUCUUGCAGAAAGCCACGCAUAAGUUGCAUGUGGAUGAGAAGAUUAUUCAAGCGGGUAGAUUUGAUAAUCGGACGACGCAUGAGGAGAGGGAAGCAUUACUACGGAAUAUAUUUGAAGGUGAAGGGGGUGAAGGGGAUGAUUCUUUAGCCGUGACGUCAGAUGCUGAUUUGAAUCGAGUCCUAGCCCGUACUCCGGCUGAACUAGCUGCUCUCCAGGAGAUGGAUGCAGGUGGAUUGGGUCCAACUGAGCUGUAUGCUGGACCUGCUCCUUCCUUACUGGGGGCGGAGUUACAGGAAGUGGCUGAGGAGGAAACGGGUCCCCGGCGGCGGAAGAGUGCGGCUUGGGCGGGUCGGCGGCAGGCUCGAGUGAUUGCCCGGUGUGAGGAGAUUCUAGAGAGUAUUAUGCGGAGUACGGAGAGUGGUCGACGUCGGGCGGUCUUAUUUGAAGAACUACCGGAUCCAAGUAUUUAUCCGGACUACUAUGAGUAUAUUCAGUCGCCUAUCUCUUUAGCGGAAAUUCGGGACAAUUUGGAGUCGUAUGCUAAUGUAGCUGAGUUUGCCAGUGAUGUUCGUAAAAUGUGUGAUAAUGCGAUGGCGUAUAAUGCGGAAGGUAGUGCGGUGUAUCGAGAUGCCGAGCACUUUUUAGUGCUGCUGGAAACGCUGACUGAAGAAUAG